AAAACGCGCCGAAUAAAACAUAUGACUUUAAUCAUAUGAUCGUCGCUGAAGGUAUGUGAAAUUGAGUAACUUUUCAUUUGUUUUCAGUGAUUGCCAAAAUGGCAUUUAAUGCCAAGUUACUUUGUUUUAUUUACGAUGUGGUGAUCCCUUUUCAUUGUAGGUUCGGCAACUGUGUGUCAAUCACAACCGGUACUUGGAAGCGCCAACAAGAGGCAGCCGGCUGCACCUGCCAUUCUGUCACAGACAAUUAUCUCCAAACCCGUGCCGCGACAGGCGCCGGUGCCAAUACCGAUGUUGCCGGUAGAGCACUCAGGGCCUGCCAAAACUACCGUUAUUCCACCGAUCAUCUCAACGAACAUCACUCCCGAGCCAAGCAAUCCAACACUUACAAACACCCAGACCAACGCCCAGCAUUUCGUUAAUCAAGCAGAUGUGUCUUUGUUUUCGCAGUCGGAGAUUGCAGCACUGCUGCAAAAUUCACAGGAGUUGGAACUGGACAGUCAGCAGCUUCCUGAACACGGCGAAGCUAACUACCAGGAAGAAUACGUGAUGGACGUUCAGCCUGUGACGGAUAGCGACAGAAUCAUCCAGUCUGUUACUCAACAUAUUGAGCAGGAAUGCAAUCGCAUCGCUGGCAUCAUCGUACAAAAAGUCGAAAACUGCCUUGUAAAAGCUGUCGCAUUGUUGAAAAGUGAUUUCGACGUCAAGAUGGAAGCAGCUUUGAGACUUCAAGGACACCCUCCAGCAGUCGAUAGCAAUUUCAAAUUCAAACCAGCAUCGACUGUUGAAGAAAUUCAGCAGAUGGAGAAGGAUCUCGGUGAUAAAACUUAUCAGGAAAAGCUUAUCUACCACAUGCGAUCAGUUAUCGGCCCUCACGAUGAUACUUGCAAUGGUCAGAACAGUUGUUACGUAAUGAUUGAUAACUUUUUCACACGAACUGUUAUGCUGGAGUGUUCCUGGAGCGGAGGGAGUAAAACUAAUACACCCAAAUAUGCAAUCAAAUCAAUGCAGAUUGGGAAACUCAUGCACGUUGCACAAAAUAGGCCACAGUUGGAAUUUUGAACUUUUAUGUAUUGGCAGCCCAUCGAUAUUUAUAUUAAGGCUGAUAUUGAUGUCUGCAGAUAACCUUCCGAACCACUUUCGUAAGCACGCCUCCAAUCCGUGGUGCCAAUAUUUACCGCCAGCUAUCGGCUUGCAAAGUUUACCCGUGUUCUGUGUUGUAUUAAGAUGGGUUCCCGUCCAAUGGCAGGCAUCGGUCGUGAUAAUGAAGCUUAAUUAACAGCAGCAGGUCUUUCAUAGCCAUGUGUGUUAUAUUAUGAUUUAGGGCCCAAUCACGUAAUGCAACCUCCGAAUUACUUCUUUCUUCAGAUGUCGAGGAGAUUUCGUAUAGCUCCUGCAGUUCCUCAUUGGACAAUCCACAAACAAUGUUAUUUCCGGUCGAGUUGGAAAGGAAUCCAUUGGAUGCUUCGUUCGUUUCGUUAGACGAAACAUUUUUAUCGUCAUUAGAUUUGCCUGUUAAGAAUAAUGGAUGAUUGAAAUACAUUUGUUCAAAAAACGUGGAUUGUGCUUACUUGAUUCACGGUUUAAUGGUUUCGGCGUGUUUUCAUCGGAUAGACUUGAUGUGGCUCCAUGUUCUGUACCGAGUUCUUGAUGAACAUUGACCGGGCUUUCAGAAAAUAAAUGUUUCAAUACGUUUUCAUACUUCUCGCGAGUUGUCUUCGAUUU